UCCACCGCCAGCUGGUUACCCGAUGAGCAAAGACGACGGUCAGCAGUAUUCCCAGAACCCUGUUGCAGUCGAAACCAAGUCCAGAGGCGAUGGAUUCUGGAAGGGAUGGGUUUUUGCGAGGAGAGAAUCAGAAACGCUGUAGCCGCCGUCGACAUGGUGAAGUUUCUAAAACCCAACAAGGCCGUGAUCGUCCUCCAAGGUCGAUACGCCGGACGCAAAGCCGUGAUUGUGAGAUCCUUCGACGAAGGCACACGUGACCGGCCCUAUGGCCACUGUUUGGUUGCAGGGAUAAAGAAGUAUCCAAGCAAGGUUAUCCGCAAGGACUCCGCCAAGAAAACAGCCAAAAAAUCACGCGUCAAGUGCUUCGUUAAACUCGUGAAUUACCAGCACCUGAUGCCCACGCGCUAUACCCUCGACGUGGACUUAAAAGACGUGGUUACCGUCGAUGUUCUUCAGACAAAGGACAAGAAAGUGGCUGCUUGUAAGGCCACCAAGGGGAGGUUUGAAGAGAGGUUCAAUACUGGGAAGAACAGGUGGUUCUUUACCAAGCUUAGGUUUUGAGCGGUUUGUUGGACUGGUCGUUUUUUGAAAAAAAAAAAAAACUAGGUUUGAGCUUUAUGCAAUUUCUUAAACAUUUGUGGAUUGUAAGGAUGGAUUUGAAUCUGUUUCGAUGAGAUAUUUCUGGGUUCUUAUGGUUGUUACAUGAUGGUAAGUUAUUUGCUCAUUGUCCGUUAUAAAUUUAUGCGUUUUGAACUUUUCUGAUUUCUUUAUGAUUUACCAUCUUGUUUUACCGUAUAGCUGCAGAUCGUUGGAAGAUGAGAAUUAAUAAUUUAAUAUUAGAACAUAUUUCAAUGA